AUGGACUCCAGCUACCGUUCACACGCUCCACCCUCUCGUCUUGCAGCCCCGGGCCUCGGCCGUAAUCGCGAUUCCCCCCUCGCCUGCACCCACCCGGCCAGACUGGCCACGUUCCCGACAGACAGUGAACCGGUGGAGAAGAUCCACUUUUUCAUUGUCCCCAACUUCCCAAACGUAUUGUCCUCCGCCUUGCCCCCCCGCCCCCCCGCACAACUCCGCUACCCUCGGAAUCCGGUGGCCCCCCGGUCCGAGUCCCGCGGCUCGCAGAGCCUAAACAGCCGCCACGGCCAAGUGUGCCAAGGGAGUUUAAUCGCCCUUGCGUCGUCCGGUCGAGAAGAUCCUCGUUCUGUAGGCCUGACCUGUGCCGAUAGGCUAUCGCAUGUGUUUCGGUCUUGCUCGCCUCCGGCCGCCUCACGACGUCCCCGCGAGGCCCAGUUUCCGCGCCAGACUGUGCACAUUGUUUGCGUCCGGCGACUGGGCGAAAAUGCCCACCACCCCAUCCGCCAUCCUAAGGCCUGUCUUGCCUGA